GGUCGCGCGGAAGCGCUGCCGCCGGGUGGGAGUCCCGGAGCGGGGGAGUCGCGGUCGCUGCGGACGGUGCUGCCGCCGCCAUGCCAUCGUCGCCGCUGCGGGUGGCAGUGGUGUGCUCGAGUAACCAGAACCGAAGCAUGGAAGCGCACAACAUCCUCAGCAAACGAGGAUUCAGUGUGCGAUCCUUUGGGACAGGGACACACGUGAAGCUCCCGGGACCAGCCCCAGACAAGCCAAAUGUCUACGAUUUCAAAACCACAUAUGAUCAGAUGUACAAUGAUCUUCUUAGGAAAGACAAAGAACUCUAUACACAGAACGGCAUCUUACACAUGUUGGACAGAAAUAAGAGAAUCAAGCCCCGGCCAGAGAGGUUCCAGAACUGCAAAGACCUGUUUGAUCUGAUCCUCACCUGCGAGGAGCGAGUCUACGACCAGGUGGUGGAAGAUCUGAAUUCCCGGGAGCAGGAGACCUGCCAGCCAGUGCACGUCAUCAACGUGGACAUACAGGACAACCAUGAGGAGGCCACCCUGGGGGCCUUCCUCAUCUGUGAGCUGUGCCAGUGUAUCCAGCACACGGAGGACAUGGAGAACGAGAUUGACGAGCUGUUGCAAGAGUUCGAGGAGAAGAGUGGCCGGGCCUUCCUGCACACUGUCUGCUUUUACUGACUGUGCCAUGGGGGGCCAUGCCGCGGACCACGCCACCUUACAGCGUCAUUGCGGCUGUGCUUUUCUGCACACCGUCUCCUUCCACUGACUCAACUCCACCGACCCCUGCCACCUCGGCGCUUCCUUUGUGAAUACUUUUCCUUCCUAAUUUUGUUUUUACUUUUUGGUAUUCUGCCGGUGGGUGGUAGUAUUACCAAAUAAAUUGUACAUAUGAAAUGAGAAGAUAUACGUAAAUGCCAUAUUAAAAACAAUCAAGUUUUUUUCUCUCACUUGUACCUGUUAUGAGUGGGAUAGUGAUUAUACAGAUUUUUUUUUUUCCUUUAACCUAAAAAAGAAAAUGGUUUAUAGUCCCUUUCCCUGCUGUGUAUAUGUCUUUAGUUGUGCGAACCUUUCUCUCUCUGCACUGGCUGGACUGUACAAAUACCCAAAUAAAGCAAUGGACUCUGUAUUCUCACAAA